AUGGCUGAUGGAAAGAUAGAGCUAACCGAUGCUCGCCCAUCCAUUGCCCAGAUUGAAACACCCGAGUCAGCAGAAAUCUCAUCAAUCAGAUCUGAUCUCAAUAAAGUUCUCACGCUUCUUGACACUGGAGCACGGAAACUUGCUGCUGACCCCAAGUUGGUCAAGGAAGGUCUCUGUUGGUAUCACACCCGAUUUGGUACACAGGCUUCGAAAUGUCGUCAACCCUGUACCUAUACCGCACCGGGAAACGGUCAAACGACAAGCCCGAUCACCAGUAGAGGCGCACGUGACCGGGGGUUCCUCAAGCCACCUGUUGAAUGUGACGGACAAACAUUCAAAAACUCGGUUUCUAAUUGAUACAGGUGCCGAGGUCAGUGUUUUCCCAGCUACGCAACAUGACAAGCGGUAUUGCAGAAGGAGGGUUUCUCUGACCGCGGCUAACAAUUCGACAAUUCAUACCUAUAGCAAGCGUGAACUUUGCCUGGACAUUGGUCUUCACCAAUUUUAGGUGCUUCCUACGGUAUAUUCGGGUGUUGGUUGAUGUUGCCAAAUCUUGUCUCGUAGAUGCAGCAACAUCAAUGACUGUCCCUGCACAGACCUCACCAUUCCGUUCCCUUUCUCUCAAUCGCAUAUCGCUAGCUAAACCCACCAAUGGGUUCGAUACCAUUUUUGCUGAGUUUCCAGCAGUCUGUAAACUCCGCAUCACCGAUCCAGCUGUUAACCACAAUGUUCAACACCAUAUUAUCGCGGCUGGACCGCCCACUUUUGCGAAGGCUGGACGCCUUUCUCCUGAAAAAUUCGCAGCUGCAAAAACCGAGUUUUACCAGAUAUUGUCUUCUCACACGGUGUGCAAAUCAUCAAAUAACUGGGCAUCCCCACUUCAUAUGGUCCCAAAGUCGAAUGGUGACUGGCGCCCCUGUGGUGACUAUCGAGCUCUCAAUGCAGCCACUAAACCAGACCGUUACCCUGUGCCUCACGUUCAGGAUUUUUCUGCUCGCCUUGCUGGUUGUAAAAUCUUCUCCAAGAUUGACCUGGUUCGUGCAUACCAUCAAAUUCCUGUUGCUCCUGAGGAUGUCUCUAAAACAGCAGUCAUUACACAAUUCGGCCUUCUUGAGUUCAAACGCAUGCCAUAUGGACUGCGCAAUGCGGCCCAGACAUUCCAACGAUUCAUGGAUGAAGUCUGCCGUGACCUGGAAUUUGUGUUUGUAUUCAUUGACGACAUCCUGGUUUUCAGCACUACGCCUGAUCAACAUCGCCACCAUUUGCGCCAGCUUUUUCAGCGACUGGAGCAUUACGGCUUAGUCAUUAAUCCUAAGAAGUGUGAGCUUGGCCGUGCACAGUUAUCAUUCUUAGGUCAUCCUGUCAGUGCCCAAGGGAUUUCCCCUCUUUCAUCCCGCAUCCAAGCUGUUGCAGAAUUUCCUCAACCUGUUGACAAGAAGAAGUUUCACAGGCAGUGGCGUAGCCAGCACGACAAUUUAGUCCCGCUAUGCAAAUUCAAAAUUAUUAUCCUUAUUCAUUUCUUUAGAAAUUGAUUGUUUUCACAGUCAAUGAACACGAAAUAUUUGCAUAGCGGGACUAAAUCGUCGGGCUGGCUACGCUACUGUUCACAGGCUACAUCCUUUGCACAAACUAUUAUCCUCUACCAAUUUUAUUUGGUCUCCAGAAUGCGAGGAGGCAUUCCAGUUCUGUAAAUCCGCCUUAGCUAGUGCAACACUGUUGGUUCAUCCGCAUUAUAAUGCACCAACCAGUAUAACAUCUGAUGCCUCAGAUCUAGCUGUGGGAGCCGUCCUUGAACAAUUUAUCGAUCAUGAUUGGCGCUCCAUCGGCUUCUUUUCUCGCAAGCCACACAUCCCAUGA